UAGAUAUUCAAAUUUAAACAGUCUGCCAUACUGUAUAUAUAAUACAACAAUCAUACAACAGUACAAUGGAUGAUAUUACAGCGAGAUCAUGGGACAUUGCAGAUAUUCUAGCCAGGCAGUUGAACUUGAAUCGAGAUGUUGUCAUCCGGUUGAUUAACAUGGUUGAAAAUGACCAAUGCACAAUUCCAUUCAUAGCUCGAUAUAGAAAAGAACAAACGAAUGGAAUGGAUCCAGAUAGUUUGAGAAAUUUUACAAAUCUGCUGAAUGAACUAAGGUUGGUACAGAAAAAGUGUUCGACUAUGAUAAAAACUUUACAAAAACAAGGAAAUCUCGAUAAGAAAACCCAAUUAUCAUUACAAAGUGCACAAACAACAGAUGAGUUGGACCACGCUUUUGCACCAUUCAAAGAGAAGAAAAGUUCGCUUGCUAAUAGGGCACGAGAGCUUGGACUUGAUGAAGCUGCAAAUAGCGUAUUGUCAAAACCAAAUGAGGUUGACUUACGAAAAUGGGUUGUUAAACGUACGGAAGGUAGAUCAACUUUGUCCGAGGUUGAAACCGGUGUCAAGUACAUUAUCGCUGAUUUAAUUUCAAAAGAAAAAGCUACAAUGGACAAAAUUCGCGAGGUCUUUCAACCAUACAGAAUGCAGUUGGAAUCAAAGUUAUCGGCUUCAAAAAAGAAGGAAAUGGAAAAAAAAAAUUCUGAAACAAAGAAAGCUGGAACGACUGAUUUAAAACAUGACUUCAAAAAGGGUCAAGAUGAAGAUAUAACCAAAUACCAAAGUUACCACGAUUUCAUAUGCAAGCUUCCGUCACUAAAAUCAUAUCAAGUUUUAGCCAUCAAUAGGGGCGAAGCGCACAAACAUCUCACUGUCAAAGUUACAAUUUCCAAAGAAAUUGAAAGCAAGUUUUUAACGUGGAGCAAAAGUCAUUGGACAUCAAAUGUUCAUAAACAAGAUAUUUUAAACUUAUUGAAAUACUGUGUUGAGGACUCUUACAACAGACUCAUAAAACCUUUUGUUCUAAGAAAAGCAAGAUCUGACUUGACUAAGAAAGCCAGAGAGGAAGCUGUUGAUGUAUUCAGUAGAAACUUGAAGAAGUUAUUACUAACUCCACCCUUACGAGGCAAGAUUGUGCUUGGCGUGGAUCCAGGUUUCAAAAAUGGUUGCAAAUGUGCUGUCAUCUCUUCAACUGGGAAUGAAGUCCUGGAAACUGAUGUUAUAUAUCUAGGUUCAAAAAAUGCAAAGCAGAAAAUUCAACGAUUGUAUGGCAAACACAAGUUCAGUGUGAUCGCAAUCGGCAAUGGAACUGCAUGUCGGGAAAGCGAGAGUUUCUUUUCACAAUUUAUCACAAAAAAUCGAGGUUCAGAUCUUGUCUAUUGCAUUGUGAAUGAAAAUGGGGCUUCCAUAUACAGCGUCACUACAGAAGCACAGAAAGAACUUCCAGAUCUUGAUCCAAAUUUAAGGAGUGCUGUGUCAAUUGCAAGAAGAUUGCAGGACCCUCUGGUGGAAUUGGUUAAAAUUGAACCAAAACAUAUAGGAGUUGGAAUGUAUCAGCAUGAUAUUCCAGAAACCUUAUUGAAGACUGCACUUGGCUGUGUGAUUGAAGAUUGUGUUACAUUUGUGGGAGUGGACCUCAAUAUUGCCAAUGAAUCAUUAUUAGGACGAAUAGCAGGAUUGAAGAAAACUCAAGUAAAGAAGAUCAUCGAAUAUCGCAAUAAACAUGGACAUUUCAUUAAUAGAAAGCAGCUUCUGGAAAUAUCAGGACUUGGAGAAAAAACAUUUCAACAGUGUGCUGGGUUCAUCAGAAUAAGUCACAAGUACCUGGUAGAUUCUGAAAACAUCGAGAAUAAUAAUAACAACAACAACGAUGAAAAACCUGAAGUAGAGACUACAGAAAAAGGGCGCAAAAGAAAACAGAAACCUUCAACCGCAGUAAAAAUGAAAAAGGCCAGAGUGGAUUGGAAAAUGAAUCCGUUAGACCAAACAUGGAUCCAUCCUGAAUCUUAUGAGCUAGCUGAAAAAUUUAUCACUAAUUUGAAUCUUGACGUUAAGGAGCUAGGGAAACCAGAAUUUAUUAAUAACGUGAAACAUGCUAUUUAUGAAAUUGGUGUUAAAAAACUUGCGGAUAAGCUAUCAGCCGGCGUCCCUACCGUACAACUCAUUGCUGACGGCCUUUCACAGGACGCUGGGUUUCGAGAUAUCAGAAGUCAAAUGCGCCGUCCGCUAUUUCGUCGUGGUAUCACUUCUAUGCAAGAUCUACGCUGCGGAACGAAAGUAUCUGGACGGAUAACUAACGUCACAGAUUUCGGUGUAUUUGUUGAUGUAGGAGUUGGCCAAGAUGGAUUGAUACACAUGUCAGAAGUUGGUGGCCGAUGGGAGGAAGUCAAACAAUGCCUUGGACCAAAUGACACUGUUGAGGUUUUAGUGAAAAGUGUCGACAGUCAAAGAAAGAGAGUUAGUCUGAGACUCAUCCAUGCCAAUCUAUCAAAAACUACAUUUGUUUGAUCGAUUCGAUUAGCCAUUUCAUCUUGUAACAUAAUAUAGCAUAAUUCAGAAGUUGUCUCCCAUUCUUGAGAACAUUGGCUUCAAUUGUUGGAACGGGUGACCAAUGAUCAAAUAUACGGACACAAUAGCCAAAACAAAAUCUUAUAUCCACAAUUUCACUCAAAAUCAUAUUACGACCGCUUAAACUGUGGAACAGCAGCUGUAAAUUACUGUAAAAAAACUGUCAAUUACCCAAACUGUCCGAGCUUAAACGUAUUUUGUGACAAUGAUGAUUCAUGCAUCUAGUCUCAACAUGAUUCGAAAUACCAUUUGAUUCAAUUUACAACUGUUGUAUCAGUACUUUACUUUACCUGGUCGAGUGUACGGUACAGUGAAAAAACUUCAGACUUGCGUGUAGCGAGAGAUCCGCUGCAAAAUGCAUCGUAGAAUUGCAAAAUGUAGUCGUAGAACAAGUAAUUUCUAUUAAUUUUGAAGAAGCCAUCACACAAAAUUCGUUGUAAAAAACGAAUCACAUUGAGCCCCAAGAAGGAAGUAAUAGCCUUCUAGCGACAACAACAAUAUACAAAACCAAUGGAAAUUUCAAAUCAAUUGAUCCAGUAGUUGCUUAUUUUCUCAACAACAAAAACAAGAAUACUGCCAAAAACAAAACGAACCAUGAGUCACUUUGUGUCCAAUUAUGGUAUACCAUUUUUAAUUUCAUUUACUAGUACAAGAUGACCCUCUAAUCCUUGAGUUCAAUCUUUGCUCCUGAUGUUUGAACAUUUAACUUACUUGCGUUUGUUUGUUUGAAUGAUUGUCACAAUAAAAAAGCAAAUAACUUUUCAUAUGUACAUCUUUAAUCAGGGAAUAUAUUAUUCUUUAUCUGGUAAGACUUAUUCUUACUUUGCAAAAAAAUUUCUCCUCAUUUGAAUGCAUUUUUGUGCCAAACACAAAUGAAAUAGAUACAUCUAUUAGUCAUUCCGUGAGUAUGCAAUGGGAAAAUUUGAUUUAUUCCUUUUUUUUAAAUUUAUUCAGGUACUGUAAAUAUCGUUUCAUUCAUAAAAAAUCAGCUAAUCCAAAAAGUUUUGAUUUCCUUACUGCUACGUUUCAUGUUUAGACAUUAUCAUUGUGAAUUUUUCUCUUAUUUUUAAUUUAUUAAAACCAGUUUGCUUUGUGCAAUGCUAUUCAAUUCGCCAAACGAGAUAACAAGAACCACUGCUUUAUAAUGAA